AUGGCUGAAAGUACUUUAACUCCUUGUGAAAACAAACCUACUUCAACUGUUAAGAAAAAUCCUAAAAAAGUAGGUACAAAAGAUAAUGGUAAAUUAAAGAACGAUUCUACUGAAAUGACAGAAUCUUUGAAUUGUACACCUAUUAUAAAAGACUUAUUAUCUCAAGUAGAUUCAAUUGAUUUACUACCACCUUCAAAUUCUAUACCACUUGCCGAAGAACCAUCUCAUAACAUUGAAAAUAAAGAAUGUAUUCCACCGAUAAAUAAAUAUAAAGCUACUGAGACAACUAUUAUUAAUGGUAAUACUUAUGAACUUUUAAAUGGAUUGCCAAUUUUUGAAACUAAUGAAGUUUUUGCUGAACGUUUUAAGAUUUAUGAACGUGAAACUUAUAUUGAUUCACAAGGAAUUGGCUAUUUUUGUACAGAUAUUGAUUGUGAUCAAUUAGAAUUAUUUGUCCGCAUUGAUAAAAAAAAAAAUACUAAAACUGUUCUUAAGACUGAGUAUAAACUUUUAAAAGCAGCUGAAGAUGAUAGUAAACAUAUAUACUUUUCACAAAUUCAUUCAGUUGGUGAAUAUGAUGAUUUUAUAUAUAUGGCUAUCUAUUUCAAAAGUGGUCCAACAUUAAAAGAUAUCACUAGAUUUAUGGGAAAACGGCAAUUUUCACACGGAACUAUUGGAAGAUUUGCUUUUGACCUUUUUUCUAUUCUUCAAAAAGUUCAUGAAUAUGGUUAUCUUUUACAUAAUAUUGGUACUGAAAAGUUUACUUUUGAUGCUUGUUCAAGAUCUAUAUAUCUUAAUGACUAUACAUAUAUCAAACCUGAUCAAAGUAAAUUAAUUCCACCUGUUAAAGAUUUGUACAAGAAUCCCUCUAAAUAUCUUGGUUCAUCAGACUACUCACCAUUUUACUUCCUUGAAGCUGAUGUUUUUCCACCACCACCAGGAAUUUUUGCAAGAGAUGAAUUAGAGGCUGCCUUUUAUAUGAUACUUGAUCUUUUACUUGGAGAUCUUCCCUGGAAAUCAUUACGUAGAAAUGAAGUUUUAUCAACAAAAAAAGAAUUUAUAUUGAGAGAAAAAAUUUUUAAAGAACUUCCUAAAGAGUAUAAACAAAUAUGGGAGACUAUUACUUCUUCAGAUAAGUAUGAUUCAAUGGUUUAUCCAAAAUUGUUAGAUCUAUGUAAAGAUAUAUAUAAAAAUUUGGGUAAUAUAGAAGAUUUAGAUGAUAAUUAUGAUUUUGAAGUUGAACCUAAUCCAGAAGAUAUUCCAAGAUUUAUCCUGGAAAAGAGACCUAUUGAAAAUGAUAAUAGUGAAACAAUUCAAUCUCCUGCUUAA